AGAAAAAAGACAUUGAGCUCUUGUCCAGGAACGAAGUGGGAAGGCCAGGAGCUACAAUAUUUUAUUGCGUACAGUCCACGCUGAAUUACAGGAAGAAUACUUAUGCUACACGGAGUAAAUACGGAAAAAAUCUUACUAAUAAUCUAUUCGUUUGCUAUUUUGUUUGUUUCACAGACCAGCUAUUAGAAAACAUAUGAGAGUUUGUUUUAUUUUUUAUUCAACUGCUCCUUUUUGGAGCGAAAAAGCUUGUUUAUAUUCCUCCAUUUUAUUUUCAUUCGCCUACCUGGAGAUUUAUGACUAAAAAUUAAUACAGCAAGAAAAUGAGAGCACAAAUUGAAGUAAUACCCUGCAAGAUCUGUGGGGACAAGUCAUCAGGGAUCCACUAUGGCGUAAUCACCUGUGAAGGCUGCAAGGGUUUCUUCAGACGCAGCCAGCAGAACAAUGCUAUGUACUCCUGCUCCCGGCAGAGGAACUGUCUGAUUGACCGCACCAAUCGGAAUCGCUGCCAACAUUGCCGGCUGCAGAAGUGCCUGGCCCUGGGCAUGAGCCGUGAUGCUGUGAAGUUUGGCCGCAUGUCCAAAAAGCAGAGAGACAGCCUAUACGCUGAGGUCCAGAAGCACCAGGCAUCCCAGGAGUUAGCUGCCGCCCGUGAGGUGGGAGCCGAGGUCGAAGGUCAUGGCCGGGCAUACAGCAGAGGCUCCAGUGCUGCCCUCAGCGACCUUGACGACAUCGCCACUCUGCCGGAUGGCCUGCUGUUCGACCUACCCCUGACACCAGAGGGCGCCGAAAGAGAGUACUGCAAUCUGGAGAUGAUAGGGGGCAGCAGCUCCUCCUCUCAGAGUUCGCCCGAACAGAACGGACUGGACUUCAGAGAUGGCAACCACCACAUCAAGCACGAGUACCAGCUGCUGCAUGAGUCCAGCCUGUUCACACACACGCUGCUCAACACUCUACCCGAGGGGUUCUCAAUACUUGAGAUCGAGCGUAUUACUGCUAGUGUGGUAAAGUCUCACAUGGAGACCAGUCAGCACGGCAGUGAGGAGCUGAAGAGACUUGUCUGGUCCCUGUACACCCCUGAGGAGACACGCAGCUUCCAGAGCAAGUCUGCGGAAGUCAUGUGGCAGCAUUGUGCCAUCCACCUCACCAAUGCCAUCCAGUACGUGGUGGAGUUUGCUAAGCGCAUCACUGGAUUCCUGGAUCUUUGUCAGAAUGACCAGAUCAUUCUUCUCAAAGCAGGAUGUCUGGAUGUGCUUCUGAUUCGCAUGUGUCGUGCCUACAACCCCAUCAACAACACUAUUCUGUUUGAUGGCAAGUUUGCCAGUGCACAGACAUUCAAAGCUCUUGGUUGUGAUGACCUUGUGGGUGCCGUGUUUGACCUGGCCAAGAGCCUUAGCCGUAUACAGCUCUCUGAAGAGGAAAUGGCUCUGUUCAGUGCUGCUGUUCUCCUGUCACCAGACCGACCAUGGUUGAAAGACACCCAACAGGUGCAGAAGCUUCAAGAGAAAGUAUAUCUCUCUCUGCAGCAUUGUCUACAUAGAUGUGGCUCAUCGGAGGAGAAACUGGCAAAGAUGGUGUCCAAGCUUCCCAUGAUGAAGUCCAUCUGCAAUCUCCACAUUGACAAGCUCAAGUUUUUCCGUCUCCUCCACCCAGAGACGGCAUACAAUUUCCCCCCUCUGUACCGCGAGGUGUUCAGCAGUGAAAUCACCUUCCCAGACUCCACAAUGGGCUAAAAAUCUGUUCAGAUAUGAAAGUGAUUCAUAUAGAGACAGAAAGAUGUAGGGAAAAAGAGGUAGAGAGGGAGAGGAACGUGGCAACAGCGAAGCAACCAGCAGCUCAGUGAAAAUCCUGCACGCUACACUUUAGGAACACUACUCUCAGUCGCUUGGACUGUAAGCCAGUCCAGGCUAUGAAAUUCAACACUAGGUGCUGGGUACUAUGAGCAUGCUACUUAUUUUUGUUGUUGACUAAAAUGGUUCUGAGAAUGUAAUUUCGCAAUAUCAGAUGGUUUUCAAAAAGAGCUUGAGAUCUCCCUCAAGUUAAAGUCCUCUGUAAAACGAGUAUGAUGUCUUUGAAUGUACCCCAGACAUGCAGCACAGCCCUAGGUUUGAGACAGAGUGUACUAUACACCCUACUAUCCUGCCCCAUGGAGGAGUUGCUGUGUAGAUCUUUAUUUUAUUUUAUUGCAGUUCAAUUUUAGUUUCUUAUUUGGUAGUGCCCAUACUUUGCAGUUUUGUAUGCUAUGAACAAACUGUUUAAAGGGACCAAGAUCAAACAGAUAGUAGGGCAGAUUUGUUUUGCAUGCAAGUCAUGGACACAGAGACCCAGGGUGUCUAUUACCAUCCACGCAGACUUGCACACAUGCACUAAAACAAAGCACUUAUGCUGACCUAUAUAUGUAUUUUUACAGGCACACAUUCAGACACUGAUAUUUUUGAGCUCUUGACUUUAUUUUUAAAAAUGCAAUCAAAGACCUCGGUCCCACUACCCUUUCCCCUUGCAAAUGCCACUUAGAGAGAGAAAGAGAGAAUCACAGAAGUAUUUUGAAAGUAUUUUUAAACGUUCCUUACGUAUACACUUAUAUUUAAUCAUGUAAAAUAAAAUUACACAGGGAUUUAUAUAGAUAUAUAGAAUAAUUCAGGUCGUUAUUGUAAAAGAGAAUGUGUUUUCAAUGACUUACCUGGUUAAAUAAAGGCAAUUAAAUAAAGAUAAAUAGAUUCCCCAGGACAGUAUGAUGAAUGUUCAUCUGUCAGUCAAAGACUGCCUGACCAUAUUCUGGGGAACUGGUAUGAAAAAUGAUUAGAUUAAUAGCACUUACCAUCUAAGAGCCCUCCACCCGAUCCGGACCAUUUUUUCGUGCUACCAAGAAUCUCAGGGUUCCAACUCAAAGACUGCCGAUAGUCCUCCUGUAUCUAACAGAAGUGGGAUCUGUGGGACUUUGUUGAGAAAGGAAUCAGAUGAUGAGAAGAAAACAAACCGGUGGCAAACACUUUCCUGUUGUGCUCCCACAUAGGUAACAACUGCAAUGGGGAAAGGGGUUUGACCUUUGACCAGCAGGGGGAAGGUGGAGACUCAUGCCCUCCCUGUGUGUUCAAGCAGUCUACAGUUUCAGACUGAACUGAAGUUCUCAAGGUGUGCAGUUACAUUUCCACUCAGUCACUCAGGGAGACAGCUGGGCUCUCUGUACUACAGUGUCUUCGUCAGUUAGCCAAGUCAGACACUGCACCGAAUAGAAGACCUUAAACCUUGAUCACUGUGUACAGUACAUGUUCUUGUGAAUGUUGAUCACAGAAGUAUCAAAGAUUUACCCCUGUCUAAUAUCAAUAUUAUUACAGGACUUUUGAAUUGGAGAAGAAAUAGGGUCUAAAAUGUACUGAAACUGAAAGAUAGAUUUUAAUCUUUGAAUCCUGUGUUGUUUUUGUCGUGAUCUUUUGUUUCUUUAUUUCUAUAGUUAUCUGUCAAUUUUUUUGUCAACUGUUUAGUGUCCUCCUUUUUGUCGGACAGUUGUAAUAAAACAAAAAAAAGAAUGUUUUUAAGAAUAUCUCCUAAAAGUUAGUCUUUUGUCAUGAUCCUUCUGUUUAUCAUGUUUUCAUUCUAUUAUAAGAUUAUUAUUGAAAUCAAUAUAGAUUUGAAUAAGAUAUCUCAAAUAUAUUAUUAAUAUGACACAUUUAAGAGUUUUGUUGUACAAUGGGGAUACAAUAUGUUGAUUUAAGAAUGUAAUAAAAGGCUUUUUACAGUAA